AUGAAUGUUAAGGGGAAUUUUCCAGAUUGUGUUAGAUUCAGGAAUGAAUUGAGGGUUGUUGAAUAUGACUGGAAACCGAUUGUAUGUGACAAAUGUAAGAUUAUGGGACAUUCAAUAGAAAAAUGCAGAUGGCAGAAAGAGCAGCAACAAAUGAAAAAGAAAUGGGUUCCUAAGCACAAAGCUGGAGACUUUGAGCAAGACGGAGGGGCUGAGAUGAUUAAUGCAAACACUUCAGUGAAGGAUACCUCUUCUAAGCAGCCAGUUCAUAAGAAUAACACUGAUAUUACUUCACAAGACUUUGUCACAUUUAGAAGAAGACAGAAGAUUAGUAAUCCUGCUGUGUCACAAAAAGAGCAGUUAAGCACUCAAAAUUCAUUUCAACAGCCAGGUGAAAAUGAAGAGGGUAGUCAAGUGGUGGUGAGUCAACCUACAAAUGGUGGGAAUGGACAAUCUAGCUGUUUUGUUGAAACUAAAUUAAAACCAAACUCCUUUGCUCGAUUCUAUUCAAAUACUUUCCAAGGUUGGUGUAUAGUCUCUAAUAUAACUUUGUGUAAAGGAGGGAGAAUUAUGUUUGAGGUCACAGUGGUGUAUGGUUUCAAUGGUGCAGCUGCUAGAAGGCAGCUCUGGGAGGUUCUCGUGAAUAUCAAAGAACAUGUUCAUGGAGCGUGGAUCAUUUCUGGAGAUUUCAAUAAUCCGUUGUUCUCUGAUGAUAGGAUUGGCUCUAAGGUUUCUUUUUUUGAAAUUGCAGAUUUCAAGGUCUGCAUUGACAAAUGUGAGGUUAGUGAUAUGCCUUCUACAGGAAACAGAUACACAUGGAGUAACAUGCAAGAGGGAAAGAGGAGGCUGGUCUCUAAGAUUGAUCGUUGCCUUAUCAAUGGUGAAUGGCUGGAUUUGUUUCCCAUUUCUACUGUGCAUUAUGCCCCUCAGGAUAUAUCUGAUCAUUGUCCUGGUCUCAUCUCUCUGGAUCAGACUCCAGUCCAAAUCAAAAGCUCCUUUAAGUUUUUGGAUCUUUGGUGCCAGAAUAGUAGAUUUAUGGAGUUAGUCUCAGAGGUGUGGCAACAUCAGGUUGUAGGGUCCCCUAUGUUUGGUCUUGUGCAAAAAAUGAAGAACUUGAAACCUGUGUUUAGACAACUUCAUAAGGCUCAUUAUAAUCAUUUGGAAGACAGACUCCAGGAAGCCCUUCAGUCUCUUCUUCGGACUAAAGCAGCAGCUCUUCAAAACCCUCGAGACUACCAGAUACUGCAGCAAGAGCAGAAAGCAGCAGUCCAGUACAAGGAGUUAAAGGAGGCCUAUAAUAGUUAUGUGUAUCAGAAGGCUAAAAUAAGCAUCAAGCAAAGACAUUUUAAGCAAAGAGUACUUGAAAUUAAAGACAUACAUGGCACAGUUCAUAAUACCCCUAAUGCUAUCAAAGCUGCUUUUGAGGAUUUUUAUAUCCAACUUCUUGGCACAGAGAUUAAAGAUGCUUUUUUCUUUAUUCCUGAUUCCAAGGCCCCGGGUCCUGAUGGUUUUAACAGCACAUUCUUCAAAAAGUCUUGGCCCAUUAUUGGUGAAGAGGUAUAUGCAGCUGUGAAGGACUUCUUUAUGCAUGGUAAGUUGCUGAAGCAAAUAAAUUGCACCAAACUGGCUAUCAUCCCUAAAUAUCAUUGUCCUCAGAAUGCUGGUUUCAUUAAAGAUAGGCAAAUUUUCCAUAACAUUGCUAUUGUUCAGGACUUGGUUGGCCUAUAUAACAGAAAGGCUACUCCUCCUUGUUGCCUGCUUAAGAUUGAUAUUCGGAAGGCCUAUGAUUCAGUUGAAUGGGCCUUCUUACAAGAGAUGAUGCAAGCUCUUAACUUUCCUCAGAAGUUCAUUGACAGAGUCAUGGCAUGUGUCACUUUCACUUCUUUCUCCUUGAGCAUCAAUAGGGAGAUGCAUGGUUUCUUCUAG